AUGGCCGCCGAAGGAGUGGAGCACAUGAAUAAAAGAUAUCAAGAGGCUUUUGAUUUAAUAAAAUAUGUGUUUAAGAUCGAUGAGCUGUACGAUGAUCAAAUGAAAUUGAUAAAAGCUUUUUGCAAUGGUCAAAAUAUUUUCUUUAACGCUCCAACGGGAUAUGGAAAAUCCAUUGUAUUCCAGUCGCUACCUUGGGUUUAUGAUAUACUUCAAGAACAAACAAUUGGAAUUUCAACGCUAAUUGUGAUCUCGCCAUUAAAAUCUUUAAUGGAAGAUCAAUGUAACCACAUGAAAGAGAUUGGUAUCCCUUCAAUUGCUCUGUAUUCGGAGAACAGUUCGAAUGCUUCGGCAAGCGAUCGCGAGUAUGAAAAUAUUCUUAAAAACGUGAGAGAAGGCGAAUAUUCCUUGGUGUUUGCUUUCCCUGAAUGUUUACUUGGUAAAAAAGCGUGGAGAAACAUUUUGUGCUCUGAAGAAUUUCGAGAUCAUUGUAUUGGAGUAGCAUACGACGAAGCACACAUAAUUGCACAAUGGUAAGGGGUUUAUCCCCGAGCCGACGGCGCGAAGCGCCGUGCGAGGGUACUAAUUCCCCCCGGCUAUUUACACCCGGGGAAACGAAAGCAUUAGCGGAGUCUAAAGUUCAUCAAAUAUCGCGGGCGUGGGUCACCAACGGUGUUGGGUGGGUGGUCAUCCUCACUGAUCUCAAAAAUAUGGCGGACUGUCACGAAUAGCGGACACUGAUUGGUCCAAUGACUGCAUGACGACUGCAUGACGACUGCAUGACGACAGCGAAAUAGCAAACAUUUAAUUUCUUGAGUUGAUUUGAUGAUUGAUAAAUUUCUUGCAAAUAUAUUUCAUUUUUGCUCGCAUUUUUGCAAGAUUUUGUAAAUUUCAAAAACUCUCUGAGAAAAGAACUGCGAAAGAAUCGGCUAAAAGAAGGGAGACGACGUUAACGAAGGUAAGUUUGUUUUAAAUAUUGAUUUUAUAAUGGAUUUAAAACCCGACGGCCUUUGUGUAUAUGAAACAACUAAACAAGACAGCAUAUAAUUUCAGUGUAUCUUCAAUAUUGAUUCCCUUUUUUAUGAUAUUGAAUUUUUUAAAUAAAUAAAUAAGAAAGCAAAGUUAUUUGCGAGCGAGAAUUUUAAAUCAUUUUAUUGCAAACUCAAAGUUUAUCGAUAAAGCCAUUUUAAAAAGCAGUUUAGUUUUAUAUUAAAGAACACUAAUGACUUUAAAACGCUUUGCAAAGCGUUUGUGGUUGAAUUUUACCUUAAAUCGAGGCUUAUAUUACGUAUAAUAACAUACCUAACAUAUAUAUGUUGGGAAAUUAAUAAUUUGGUGAUUAAAAGUGAUAUUUAUAGGCGAUUUUUAAUUUGUAAGAAUAUUCUUAAAAAAAUAUCGUGUUACCAUGACAACUUAGAUACUUGAUGUUCGGAAAAUACAAUGGUUUUGUCAGCAAGGCGAGGGUUUCUGCAUGCAUGUAUUUUCUAGUAUAGAUUAUCAAAUCAAUACUGAUUAUAAAGGCUUGAUAGUUGAUACAAAAGUGGGUAUACAUAUUUCUGCAUAGGCAUAAGUCAUGGAGGAAAACAAGGGGAAUAUUAAAACCAGUUUUCUUUCAUUCUGCCCUCAAACCCAUUGAGAUUUAUUGACUUUGCUACAGCUGUAGUGAGUGACUAAGUUGGUCAAAGAGGCCUAUGUCUUGUUAUUGUCGGAGCAGGAAGAGUGAUGUGUGUGUGUGUGUGUGUGGGGGGGGGGGGUUACAGUAGAAGGGAUUGUUAAGUAUUUCAUAAGGUUAUGUGAUUCCAUGACAGGUGCAAAGAUAAGAGCAUAGAGGUCUUUGAAAAUAAGAUGCAUCUAUGGUAUUUAUAUUACAGUUUUGCCUACUUGUUCACUUCAAUAGGUGUGUUGUGUUAAUAUUAUUUUAAAUACUUUUUUUCAGGGGAUCAGAUGCAACUGGAAAGAAACCAUUUAGAAAAUGGUAUGGUGAACUCAAUGAAUUUAAAUGCCUUCUUGACCCAGAAACGAAAUUUGCCUUGUUUACAGCAACUGCAACUCAACAAACCAAGAUGAAAGUAAUUGGGAUGCUUGAUAUUGACAUAUCUGAAACUCUUUUUAUUGAAAAAAACCCGGAACGAAAAAAUAUCAGGUAUUGUGUUGAGUAUGUGGAAAGUGAUAAAGAAGUCAUUGGCAUGUUCUAUUCAAUUAUUAAUGAAUUAAUAGAAAAGAAAGAAACAUGUUCUUGGAGACUUAUAUAUACUCAAACACGGAACCAAUAUGCAACAAUUUAUAGUGCAUUCUGCUCGGAUCUAGGAAAUAAUAUUUAUCUGAACUGUGAAGCAAAUCCCAGGUUUCGCCUUGUGGAUAUGUUUCAUGGUGGAACACCAGAAAGUGUAAAAAAGCAUAUUGUUGCACAACUGGCUAUCCCCGACAGCUGUCUCAGGGUUGUUAUAUGCACUGUUGCUUUUGGUAUGGGUGUAAACUGCAGCAAUGUAAACAAGUCAAUUCAAUUUGGAGUACCAAAAUCCUUGGAAGCAUAUAUUCAAGAAAGUGGAAGAAUUGGACGUAAUGGUAGCACUAGUAUCAGCAGGAUUCUAUAUAAUGCAAUGUUGCUCAGAGGAGCAGAUCAUCAAAUGAGAAACUACAUUAAAGAAACACAAUGCAGGAGACAUAGUCAUAUGAAAAAGUUUGAAAAUUAUAAGCAAGAGAAGUCAAGUGGUUGCCAAUGCUGUGAUAACUGUGCAAAGUCCUGUACUUGCACUCAGUUAUGUAAUAUAAACUGGGUGCAAAUGAACACUACUACAACCAGGCAAACUAGUGUCGAGCCAAUAAUAAAAACACGAAAUGUUUCCCCUGAACAGCAGAAGCAACUUCAUACACUUCUCCACGAAUACAGGGAGACACUGACUCAACAUAGAACAGUUUCUCUACCAAGUCUACACACUGAAUUCUACAGUUUCCAUAUUAACCAAGUUUUAACUAACUGUCAAUUCCUCUUUACAUUUGAUGAUGUAUACCGGUAUGUAGAAAUAUGGCGCAAAGUUUAUGCAUUGAACAUAUUUUAUAAGUAUAGGCAAAGUGUUUGGUGACACAAAGGAAGAUUUUGGCUCCUUAAAUUUGUUGGACAUUGACCAGUCAAUGGACAGCCUUCCUGAUGAAUGGAUAAGUAUUAGGGAUGAUUCUGAAGCUGAAGACCUUGCAUUGUGGGAUAGUUAUAUGCUACAAUCGUUUCAGGACUGUUCCCAGGUCACACAUGAAGAUGAUAAUGAAAAUAAUAUGGAACAAUCUUUAGCGGAAUCAUCAUUUAUUGAAUAA